AUUAUUGUAAAUACUUUACAUUUAUCUGCAUGUUCAUGUCAACAAGCCCAUUGAGUUAUAACAUUUCCUGUAUAACUUUGUUUUCUCCUUGUUUUGUUAUUAAUCACUAUCCAGGUGCAUCAGGUUCAGUCCUGACUGUGUCUCCAUCAUGGUUGAGUCCUGGAGCCUCAGUGACUCUGAACUGUGAGGUUGAAGAUUCAUCUACAGGAUGGAGGUUCUACUGGUAUAAAGCUGUUCCUGUUUUGUCAAAUAAAACCUACAGAUAUGAGCUGCUGCCUGGUAGCAUCAGUGGGACUGUAGAGAACUCCUUCAUCAUUACUGGACAGAAACACACAGCAGGAUUUGCAUGUAGAGCUGGAAGAGGAAACCCAGAGAUCUUCACUCAUUACAGUAAACCAAAGUUCAUCUGGUCUGCAGAUUCUCAUCCAGCAGCGUCUCUCUCAGUGAGUCCUGACAGAGAGCAACACUUCACCUCUGAGUCUGUGACUCUGAACUGUGGAGGAAACUCUACUGAGUGGAGAGUGAUGGAGUUUGGAGAAAACCAUUUUGGGUGGAUGAGAUUUUGGGUUGAAGAUGAUGAACUCCAUGUAUCAGAUUGCUCCAACUGGGGGGAAAUGACUGGAUCCUCAUGUACCAUUAACAGUCACCGGUACCAUGAAGGAUUGUACUGGUGUGAGUCUGGAUCAGGAGAGUUCAGCAAUGCAGUCAACAUCAGGAUAAAUGAUGCACCACGUUCAGUCCUCACUGUGUCUCCAUCAUGGUUGAGUCCUGGAGCUUCAGUGACUCUGAACUGUGAGGUUAAACCUUCAUCUACAGGAUGGAGGUUCUACUGGUAUAAAGCUGUUCCUGAUCGAUCACAGUACCAGUACAGAUACAAGCUGCUGCCUGGUAGCAUCAAUGGGACUGUAGAGAACUCCUUCAUCAUUCAUGGACAGAAACACACAGCAGGAUUUGCAUGUAGAGCUGGAAGAGGAAACCCAGAAUAUUUCACUCAUUACAGUGAACCAACAUUUGUCUGGACCACAGAUUCUCAUCCAGCAGCGUCUCUCUCAGUGAGUCCUGACAGAGAGCAACACUUCACCUCUGAGUCUGUGACUCUGAACUGUUCAGGAAAAUCUGCUGAGUGGAGAGUGAUGACGUUUGGAGAAAACUCUUUUGGGGGGAUAAGAUGUAGGGUUGGAGAGAAUGAACUCCAUGUAUCAGAUUGCUCCAACUGGGGGGAAAUGACUGGAUCGUCAUGUACCAUUAACAGUCGCUGGUCCUUUAAAACAGUUCUCUGGUGUGAGUCUGGAUCAGGAGAGUUCAGCAAUGCAGUCAACAUCAGCAUAAGUGCUAGAGGUCUUCUCCUGGUGAGCCCCGUCCAUCCUGUGACUGAAGGAGCUUCUGUUACUCUGAGCUGCAGAAUGAGAGAACAAAACCAACUUUCUAAUGUGAUUUUCUAUCACAAUGACAAACUGAUCCAACAUAACAGCAGAGGAGAGCUGAAGAUCUCUGCAGUGUCUCAGUCAGAUGAAGGUUUCUACAAGUGUGAACAUUCAGGAAACGUUUCACCUCAGAGCUGGAUGACAGUUAAAGCUCCCUCCGGACCCGGAAGCUCGUCUUUCCCAGUUCUGUUUGUCACCAGAUCAGUGAUUGGAAUCAUGGUUCUCAUUCUCCUGCUGCUGAUUUGUUGCAUCCAAAAGCCAAAAUGUCGUGGUUCAGAGCAGCCAGUCGGUCAGGAUGAACAUCUGCGUCAAGUUUACUCUUCUCUCCUUCAUGGUGACCUUUGUGUCUACGAAACAGUCAGAGGCCCUGAAAACUCUGGAAAUGGGCAACUGGAUGAAUCAGAGAAGAUCUCUGACAAAGUCGAUGCAACUUCAGAAUGAAAAAGAAAAGUCCAUGAAACGAAGUUCAACUAAACCAUAACAGGAAAGUCUAAAUUUACUCACCAUCAGACGUUUCCCUGUCAUGCAACCUUUUUAUAUUUGCUUUUUGAUUAUUUUUUAGUCAUGUAUAUUAUGUUUUGCAUUUGUUGUCAAUAUAGGGAAUUAGAGUUUUCUGUAGCUUUACUGGCAUUUUUUAUUUUAUCUGAUAUAUAAUGUAAUGAAUCGUCCACAGCUGGUGCCUGAACUACCGGAGCCUUUUACUGUAAUGGAGUGAUAGCGCCAUCCAGAGGACAGUAGUAAUAUGGCCGAUAGUCCAUGUGAUACAGAAAUAGUAAAUAAUGGCUAAUUGUAAA